CUCCUUUGUCCCAUUUUCUUUCUCAUCCUCCGCUGACGUGGAUGUGAGCGUAUGGCAGCUGGUAAGUCUUCAGUCUGUCAUAUCUUUUUUCAUGAUGUUACAAGUAAUUUGCGUUCGAUUCACUCGUCUUACACCAAAAGGUUAGCUCGCCCGCCAGCCCUGAGGCGAGUGCGCUGAGACAACUUCUGCAGCCUCUGAUGAUUUUUCAUUCUCUUGAAUUGAGAAAUUUACCAUGAUACUGACCUUCCUUCCAUCUACAGGUCCUUUGUAAAACUUUCUGGCGUGUUUGUAGAUUGUAAGACAGCGAAACGUUUAUUUAUUGUUAUACUAUGUACCAAUACAGAUCUUUCUUCUGAUCAGUCACCUACCUAAUUUGAACCCAACGUCCAUGGCUGAGAAUUCACAAUCAUCUACGCCUACGCAAGGUAGUGGGGCAUCCACGCCAGGCUCCAGUAGUGUGGGUGACGUCCCUGCGACCGAGUGUAAGGUGUAUAAGCCUCCAACAUCAACGACCAGCACUCUAGAAGAACUACCAGACUCCUAUUUCACCCUAUCUCCUGCCGACUUAAAGGCUGCCCAAGCAACAUUAAGCGCCCGGACACGAUCAUUAGUUGAUGCCCCACUACGAGUACGAGCUCAGCGGGAGGCAGCAGAGAAGUCAAAGAGAGAUCGAUGGCCGAAUACAACGAUACGUGUCAGAUUCUCUGAUCGAACACAGCUGGAGAAGAUAUUUCCCUCUACAGACAAAAUUCGUUCUGUGUACGCAUUUGUGCGGUCGUCCCUCCGAGAUGAUGUCAAGUCGAUCAAGUUCAUCCUAUAUCAAUCUCCGCCCAAGCGCGACCUGAAGGUAUCAGACCCAGAUGUCCGUGAUUUAAGCUUGGCACAACUGCAGCUUGCCCCAUCAUCAGUACUCCUUCUGCGUUUCGAAGAUGAAUCCUUGAAUGGCACGAAUGUCCCUGCACCCCUCUUGCCAUCCAUUGCAGCAAGCGCGAUCGAGCUACCGAAAUCCCUCAGUGUUGACGCCGAACCUCCCAAGGUGGAGAAGUCCGCUACACCUCCCACAACAAAGUCGAGCACAAGUACCGAGAAGAAGAUACCUAAGUGGCUGAAGGCAGGUCUAAGAAAGUGAAAAGGAAGAUCAAACACAUGUAUUAUCUUGGAUCCCAAUUCGAGGUCCACCGUGUA